AAAAAAAAAAAAAAAAAAAAAGGGCGCGGGGGAGGGGGGGACUAAUUCCAGUGAAAUAACACUGUCCUGCGUUGAGUGCGCUAUCAAGCAGGGAAGCAGGGGCUCGGGCUGCCGCUCGUGUGCGUGUCGGAGGGGUUGGGAAUGCUGCACAGCGUUACGUGGACCUAUCUGCAGUCAUUUCUGGGCAGUUUUAUUUGCAGGAUUCACCGACCAAUCGUGGGCUGUUUGGGGUUUUUUUUUUUGCGUUGACAGCUGGACCGCUCUGCGCCUUCAGCGCAGAGGAGAGACAACUAUCCGAUAUCCGACUCCCCUUUAAGUCCACAGACUUUGUCCAGUAGCACUCAAUGUCGGGCAGCACAUGUCUGAGGCUGCCUUGUGGCUGAUGCUGACAAUGCUUUCCACAAACCGCUCAGGAGGCGCGUGGGGAUGAAAUGGUUGGAGCCCAUGGCCAGACCAACUCACUAUCUCCCUCGUCCCAACAUGUCCAACUGCAGCAAGUCUCCCCCCAACUCUGGAGAAGCUGCAGGCAAUAAUUCCAUGGCAUGGGUGAAGAUGUUCAAAAAACCUGGAGGAGGCCUGAAGAAAUCCUACCAGCCUGGGAGCAUGCUGUCCCUCGCACUCACCAAAGGCCUGCUGAAUGAGCCCGGCCAGAAUAGCUGCUUCUUAAACAGCGCUGUUCAGGUGCUUUGGCAGCUGGACAUUUUCAGGAGAAGUCUGAGGCAGCUCUCAGGUCACUUUUGUCUCGGUGAUGCCUGCAUUUUCUGCGCUUUAAAGAGUAUAUUCAGCCAGUUUCAGCAGAGCAGAGAGCGGGUGCUUCCCUCCGACAGCUUGCGUAACGCCCUUGCUGAAACUUUUAAGGAUGAGCAACGCUUCCAGCUUGGGCUGAUGGAUGAUGCUGCUGAGUGCUUUGAGAACAUCUUGGAGCGAAUUCAUUUACACAUAGUUUCAGACACAGCGACUGAUUCAUGCUCAUCCAAAUCCUGCAUCACCCAUCAGAAGUUUGCAAUGAUGCUUUAUGAGCAAUUUGUGUGUCGCUGUUGUGGUGCAUCGUCAGACCCACACCCAUUCACAGAAUUAGUACAUUAUGUCUCCACUACUGCUUUAUGCCAACAGGUUGAUCGCAUGUUGGGGAAGAGCGAGCGGCUAAGGUCAGACAUGUUUGGAGAAUUGCUGCAGGCAGCAAACAACACAGGUGACCUCCGAAGCUGCCCGAGUAACUGUGGUCAGAGCAUCAAGAUCCGUCGCGUCCUAAUGAACUGUCCAGAGAUUGUGACGAUUGGAUUCGUAUGGGACGCCGAGCAGUCUGAUCUUACAGAUGAUGUCAUUAGGUCCCUUAGCCCACGUUUGAACCUGUGUGGGCUUUUCAACCGAGUCACUGAUGAAAAUGCUAAACGGAGUGAGCUACAUCUGGUGGGGAUGAUCUGUUUUGCGAGUAAACAUUACUCAGCUUUUGCCUAUCACACCAAAUCUUCAAAAUGGAUGUUUUUCGAUGAUGCUACUGUGAAAGAGAUUGGGUCCAAAUGGAAAGAUGUUGCUUCUAAAUGUAUUAGAGGACAUUUCCAGCCGCUUCUUUUAUUUUACACCAACCCCGAGGGCAGUCCUGUAUCUAAUGAAGAUGCACCAAGGCAGACCACCAUGUGUCCCCGCUACAAAGCCCAAGUAAACGGUGACAUGAACGUAAAACAUCCUCUUGGCAGUCCUAACAAAUUUCAGGAAACUUUCAUGGAGAAUUUGCAGAGGCCAGGUGAAACAUCAAAAAAAGACAGAGGUCAUCGAAGAACUGAACCAUCACAAAACAAAGAUAUGACGCAUGCAAGACCUUCAUCUCCACCAGAGAAUGGUCCAGGGCCUCCUGUGGAAAAAUCAAAAAGUUAUCCACGUAAUGAGAAGCCAUUAAACCAUUCAAGCAGAGGAUCUCAGGAGCCACAUGGACAGUCCUUUGGUGCACAGAGUGGUGGACAUAGUCGGAAAACUAAUAAUUUCCCAGGUCACAAUGACCAGGAUGGCACCCAUGAACAAUGGGAAAAAGGUGGGAGUGGAGGAAGUCGCAAUAAGUCUAAGUCUACUUGGAGACCUAUUCGGGAGGUGUUAAACGUGGACACAGUAUUGAAUGAACUAGAGCAGCGGCGUCAGCAGCAACAUGACAGCCCGCGGUGCAGUAAGCCUCCGUCGCACGAGAGGGUGCACCCAGAACAAAGCCGAGAUCGCGAGCGGGAAUAUGUCCGAACCAGAGAGGAUCGGAAACAGAAAUGUUUAAUGACGAUUUAUGAGGACGAGCAGCGGCUUGAGACUGAGAGCCACAGCUCUGUAGAGUCAGAAAGCAGAGCAAACUACCAGAGGGGCAGCAAACUAAAGGGGGGCCCAAAGACUCUUCUGCGUAGUGAUACCUGGACCAUUCAAAGGACAGAGUCUGGCUAUGAGAGCAGUGAUAGACUCAGCAGUGGCUCCACCAAUCCUGAUUCUCCUGGGGUCGAUGGCUUUGCUGUAAAAGACCAGAGAUCAACAGCGGAGGUACCGCUGCAAAGCCAGCAGCACCAAAAAGGAGGCGAUGCAAAAUCUAGUAUAAUGUCCUCACCUCCACACAACGGCAAACAUCAACCUAAACCUCAGGGAAAGAACCAUGAUCAAGUUUCACAUUCACAUCAAAAGAGCAGUCCAUGUUCAAGACGGAAAUCAAAGUACACGUCUAGUACCUCCAGAAAAGCAGGGUCUUCUGAGAGGAACUCGCCUGGCUCGGAUAGCAGGCAGAGUGAGCAGCAGGAGAUGACAAACUGUAGAGGGCACACUGGAGAAAGUACAAACCUGAGGCACAUUACAAAAACCAGCAGCUCAGAAUGGAACAGCUCUGAUGAUCUUGCUCUCUCUGAGCCAGAGGACAGAGAAAGCACUUACCUCUCCAGUAACAGCGAGGCCACAGCCUCUGAUUCUCAGUGUCCCCAUAUAAGCCUGCCAUACCACCCUCCCAGCAAUGUGACGGCAGAACCUCUUCAACUGAACAGCCAGCGUCAGCUUGGUACAACAGGGUUGCCUCACCUUCGACCCAGCCAACGGACACCUCACCAAGGAGAAACAGGCCACCCAGUGUUUCGUCCCAGGAUGCUCCAAGAACCUUUUCCAUCAAGUCCUCGUCUUUCGCCCGCAUCUUACGUCAGUCCUCACAGAAAGCCCGACAUGUCGGGCCUCCGAACCUUCUCAGAUGCAAGCUCCAAGUCGGGGUCUGACCCAGAAAGGAGUACCCCAUCAUCGUGUGAAAGCGAGGAAAGAGCAGCUGGAUGCAGGAUGGAACAGGCAGUGCCUGCUCAAGAGGUUUCUCUGACAACAUACUUCAAUGUGGAUAACUGCAUGACGGAAACAUACCGUCUCAAGUACCACAACCAGAGGCCUCUUGUCCUCUCUGCCACGGUGCCACGGACAGCGGUUGCGAGUGAGCGGCGAGAUAACAGUGAUACACAUUCACAAGAUGUGCCAAAAGCCAGACCAGAAACAAGUAAGCCUCCAAACAAAACCAGCCAUAAUAGCAAUAAACCCACUGCAAAAUGGAACCCAGUGACAGCGAAAGGACUGGAUGAACGUGGUUUUUUAUGAGUGUAACUUGGUAAGUUUUGUUUACAUGGAUGGGCAGUAUUAACUGGAUGCCAAAGAGUUUACAGAAUGGAAAUAUGUCAGGAAGCCACGGCAUCUCCAAACCGAGAGGAACUUAUUUAUGCAAGCCUGUCACAUAAAUAAAACCUAUUUCUAAAUGCUGUUGUGUAUGACUUGACGGAUUAUCAACUUUCACGUGUAUCUUCCUUUGUUUUGUAGCGUUGCUGCACAAAGAUUUAGUUUCAACCAAACCCUGUUUUCAGUUUGCACUAAGAAUUUUUUAUUCUUUUUAUCACCGUAUGUCUGUUUUAAAAUAUUUGUAUUUUAGUGCACAUAUUUUAUUUGUGCACUAGUGCUGCAGAAAUUGAACUAUACAAAUAUAUUUAGGGUAAGGCAAAAGAGAUUAAGGUGAAUCACAGAUGAUGUGCUGUGGUCUGUACGGUAAAAGAAUGGAGUGUGAUCACAAAUGAGAGCAUGCUAACAUGAAAAGAUAUGCUACAGAUACAUUAUCUGAUUAUGAUGUCAUUCUACACAACACAAUAAAAUCAAAGGUUGGCCUCAUCGACAGCAGGUUAAAGGCAGUUAAUCUAAUUACCCCGUCAAAGGAGUAAGAUUGGAAAAGUUAUUCAUGAUUUCUGAGCACCUCAAGAGUUUUAUGCACAUUUUGGAGGCUUUAGGUCACCAGAGGACAGACACUGUAACAAUGACUCUUAUUUAUUUACUGAGGUGUUCUAAGUGUUAUCAGUUAGCAGUUAUUUUACAACAUUAUUCUGUUAAUGAAUGACUGUGGCCUGCCCUGUACCAGUCAGUCUUUUGCUAAAAAAAAAAAAAAAAAAGUGUACUGGAAAAGAUGAUCGAUUGUUCAUUUACUUGAGAAAAAACCCCCCAGUAAAGGUCAAGUUUAUGUCAUCCUUGAAAAAAA